AUGUUCUCCAAGACUCUUUGCAAGUUUACGGUCUUGUUGGCCAUGUGCUUCCUCGCCUCUGUGACUUUGGCUGUUGAAGAAACCUUUGACAACACUGAGGUCAUGUUCAAUGCUGAGUCCUUCGUUGCUAUCCCUCUUGCCAAUGAUGAGCUCAACGCUCGCGAUAUCACCAUCAUCAAGACCAUUUGCGAGACUUCGACCUCGGUGAUUUCCACUACUGGCCCUGUGAACCCACCCGUGGCAGUCACCACCGGGCAGCCUUCGAGCCAGUCGGAGUCCCAGAUUGCGCCUCCCCCCCAGCUCACAAGUGUGACUGGCACUGCGGUGCAGCCUCCUGUGACUUCGAACCCCGAGGGAGCCUCUCCUACCUCUGCCCCUGGCACGACUGUGCAGUCUUCUGAGCAACCUCCCGUGCCCUUGACGACUGAGGCAGCUCCCAUCCCGAGCUCCAACACACAGGAGUCUUACAGUCUGCCUUACACCACCAGUGCUUCCCACUCGGCUUCAUCUGUUUCAUCUACUGUACACAGUGUCACUCACUCUACUACCACCCUGACUACCAGCACCUCUGGUACUUCCUCGGCUGCCAGUGGUACUAGCAGCACCGCGCCCCCUUCGAGUGCGGCCGCUGACCUCGGUGCUAUGCGUACUGCGUUGUGGGCCUUAGCGGCAACUUUUGCUAUCUUCGUCUGCAUCUAAGGGGUCCAUUGGACGCUCUAGUGCUAUUUUCAUCAGUGACUUAUGGGUGGGAGGACUUAGGAUCGGAGACCCAGUGUGACUGAACCUGCGUCCCCCUUGCUGUCGAG